CUGAAAGCAGCACACGGAUCAAGCUGGAGGGUAGUAAACUCGCUGCAAACGAACACAAACAGCGAAGACAAGCAGUCAACAAAACAACCACACCGAUGUGGUUUAAUACUAGAGGGCGGGGGCAUAUUUAUUGAUCGUGUAGCUGUUGGUUAACAACUUUUAUUUCGGAAUUAGUCGACAGGUUGUUGGCGCGUCUUCACUUGAAGCGGAGUUCUGCUUUCAGUCGGAUGGAAGUGAGUGAGACGGGUCAGUUUUAGAAGACAGACGGACAGACAGAGCUCGGUGGAAAGUCUCCCUUUGAGGAUAUUUAGCGUCUCUUUAGUUCAAUGUCCACAGUAAACUGUACAGAGGAGCUGGACUUCAGACUUAUCUUUGAGGACGACGGCAGACAGGCUGCAGGUCCAGAUCUAGAUGUGAAGGCGCCUCCAUCCUCGACACAGACUCUGGCCGGGCAACUUCUCAGCCAGGAGUUGCAGAGUCACCCGUCAUAUUUUCCCACCACAGGCAACUACCAGCAUGUUGGCUCUGAAGGGAACCAGUACAACACCAAGGGCAACCCCAGAGCCUUUGACUGCCCCAGCAUUCAGAUCACCUCCAUUGCCCCUAACAACCAUGUGGAGCCCAGCGAUAAUCAAGUAGUUUCAGCAGUAGGUGAGGCAGAGGGGGGUUAUCUUGAGGCAUCCUGGCCCAGAGACCAGCUCUACCUGCCUCUGGACCCCUGCUACCGAGACCCAGCACUCUGUCCAAGCCCCUGCAGCAGCCUGUCUUCCAGGAGUUGGAUGUCUGACUUAUCCUCCUGCGGGUCCAUCUCCCAUGUCUAUGAUGACAUGGACGGGGAGCUGCGCGAUGCAGCCUGCCUUGCUCUGGGAUCCCCUCUUGGGUCACCUUUGGGGUCCCCAGGCUGUGGGGGUGGGGCUUUUGGGGUCGAGCUGUGGCAGCAAAAGUACCAGCAUCCUUCAGCCUUCAGCCCAGCGCUGUCACCCUAUCAGUCACCCCGUCAGUCGCCCCGUCAGUCACCCUCGCACUCCCCUCGCACCAGUGUCACCGAGGAGAGCUGGCUGAACUGCCGGCCCACUUCCAGGCCGUCAUCCAGACCAACCUCCCCAUGCGGGAAGAGACGCCACUCCAGUGCUGACCCUUAUGCCCGUUCACCCUCACCUCACCACUCACCCAGCCCCACUCCAGGCACCUCCCCACGCGGCAGUGUGACGGAUGACACCUGGGUGGGAAGCCCUGCUGGUGCCCUCGGACCCCUCCUGAUGUCUGGUUUUCAGGAGUUGGAUGUCCCCUCCAAGACCAGGAGGACAUCAGGGAGCCAGCUGGGCCUCCUGACUGGUCGAGGAGACCCUGGUCUGGAGCCUUGUCAGGAUUCUUCCAGAGAAGAGGGACAGGACAAAGAUGGCCUGGCUGUACUGUUUCUUCAGGUGCCCUCCCACUUCAGCUGGAACAAACCCAAACCUGGAGCAUCUCCAUUGUUCAGGACCUCAUCACCCCCUCCCUUGGACUGGCCUCUGCCAAAUCAAUAUGACCAGUGUGAGCUGACGCUGGAGGUCCAGCCCAGGUCUUACCACAGGGCACAUUACGAGACAGAGGGCAGCCGAGGGUCCAUCAAGGCAGCUACUGGAGGAUAUCCUGUUAUCAAGUUGAAUGGAUACAGCGAGCAGCCGGUCAGCCUGCUGUUGUUUAUAGGCACUGCAGACGACCGAUAUCUUCGCCCUCAUUCCUUCUACCAGGUCCACCGAGUAACAGGGAAGACGGUUACUACCAUGUGCCAGGAAAAAGUAAUGGGCUGUACCAAAGUCUUGGAGAUCCCUCUGCUUCCAGAAAACAACAUGGCCGCCAGCAUUGACUGCGCUGGCAUCCUGAAGUUGCGUAAUGCUGACAUUGAGCUGAAGAAAGGAGAGACAGAUAUCGGCCGGAAGAAUACAAGGGUGCGAGUUGUGUUCAGGGUUGCUGUUCCUCAUCUGGAUGGCCAGAUGCUGUGGCUGCAGACAGUAUCUAUUCCUGUGGAGUGUUCCCAGCGCUCAGGCCAAGAUCUUCCUCAGUUGGAGAGCUUCAGUCCAAACAGCUGCUCUGUAGAUGGAGGACAGGAGCUAGUCAUCACCGGAUCCAACAUCGCUGCUCAGUCCAGGGUUGUUUUCGUGGAGAAAGGGCCUGAUGGAAGAACACUGUGGGAAAUGGACGCUAGAGUUCUGUCAGAAAAAAGCAGUGUAACCAGAAUUGUGGUAGAGAUUCCUCCUUACAAUAAGAAGACAACUUGUCCAGUCCAAGUCCAGUUCUAUGUCUCAAAUGGGAAGAGAAGAAGAAGUGUACCACAGUGCUUCACCUAUCUGCCUGAGGUCAGAGGUCACCUUCCGGUGGCUGCUGGAGUCAAACAGGAGCAUUGGGAGCCAGACCUUAUCUCCCACAAUGCACCUGGCUUCUGUUCUCCCUCCUCUGACACACCCUCCCAUGACCAAGUGUUAAGUUCAGACGUGGCUUAUUAUGAUUCCUGUGACCUCCCAUUACGCUAUCCUGCUUCCCACAAUGCCCCCCGUCUCUACCACCCUCCACCCUCCUCUGUCUCCUUUCAGACUUUAAUGUUUCCUCAGACCUCUUCCAUCCCACUCCAGAGUCCAUCCAUGCUUUCACAAACCCCUCUAAGCCCUCAUCAGUCCUUGAUUGCACUUAAUACUUCCAUCAAGCCUCCUCAGACCUUCAUCUCUUCUCAGACCCCAGUCCCUCCUCAGAUCACCACGAUUCCUCCCCAAGGCUCUUCAGUCCCUCUUCAGAGCUUCACAAUCUCUCCAAACACUUCCUCUGGAGGACCAUGUAGGGGACAGUCUGCAGUUUCACAAAGCUCGACGAGUACGUUCAUAACUGCCGCUGACCCACAGAAGGACUCUGUGCUGUCCAGCCCAGGACAGACACUGAGCAUCAAGCAGGAACCAGAGGAUCAGCCAAAUCUGGGUUCCUUGGGCCUCCAGGAGAUCACACUGGAUGAUGUGAAUGAGAUAAUCGAUAGAGACAUUGGCAGUCUAAGCAGCAGUGCUCAGCCCGACCAGCCUGACCAGCUCGACCAGUACCACCAGUAUGACUGGGAGCCCAAGUCCAGCGAUGCUGCCUUGCCAUUCUGCGGAGGUCCUCAGUAGCUCCACAGCUUUCUCAGGAGACGACUGCAGUGCUUUGCAACAAAAUCACCGGUCACGCGUGCACAAAGUGCUCCUAACUGAUCCUCAAGUGCCUGAAAACUAGUCAGCAGCCUCUCGUAUCAUCAGGGCACCACAUCAGAUUACCAUUUCCUCGUCUAUCUCAGGAAUUUCAGUGUGACUUUACUGGUAAACCAAAGAUUUUUAAACUUUUCAUAACUGUAGAACAUUACAACGGGGCUGUUAAUUUGAAUUUUACACAAUUGUAUCGAUUGGUAAUUUAAUUACAGAGGCUAAAGCUGUACGAAAAUAAGAAAGUCUUGUCAUUAUUUAUUGGCCAGUAAAUUAAAAAAAUCUAUUUUUGAUACUCUGGAUCUGGUCCCGUAAAAACUGUAGUCCUUCAACUAAUCAUGUACAUUUUUAUAGCUUUAUUAUACUCUGUGGUUUACAUUUUCUUCACUGAAAUACAUUAAUGCUGUUAAACCUGAACUGUUGUGACGUGAAGCUACAGACACUGAACUGUAAAAAUGUACUGUGAGGUUUAAGUAAAAAGAAAAAUAUUGGU